UGUGCCAGUGAGACCGCGGCGCUGACAGGUGAGAGAGCGCUGCCGCAGGUCAUUGAGAGGCGCUUCACGAACACGGGAAUAUAAAAAAUAAAAUCACAUUUUGGAUCUCUUUGAGAGGCGAAAACGACAUCCCACUGCUUUACAACGCGAGCUCCGCCUGCUUCUCCAGGAUGUUCUCUUUGAGGAAAGGGUCUCAUAGGUAGCACUCAAUCAUCUUUGGACGGUGACGUGGAGAUGGUCACUUUGGCUGCCUUGCUGACAGUAUGCAUAUGGAUACAAACACAGACUGCUUCAGGACAGCACACAUGUGCUUCUACUCCACGCAGUUCGCUGGAUUACACUGUAAAAUACUCCCUCCCCUAUUUCCAAACAGACAAACCCAUACAAAACAUAGCAGUGAAUGGGACUUUGGUAGAGAAUGGGGUGUAUGUUGCGAGCCAGAAUGUAAUAGAGGCACUUAAUUCUACUUUGGACAAGAUAUGGGAGGUAAAAACUGGACCUGUUGGCAGUGCUGAAUGUGAAACCUGUCAGGUGUGUGACAUAGAAGCAGAUCCUGGAGAUCCUGUGGAUACAGACAAUAAAGUUCUAGUUAUUGAUUUUGCUGUCUUCCCCAAUCCCUUUUUGUACAUCUGUGGGAGUACUCAUCAUGGGAUUUGUCAGGUCAUUGAUACUGGCUUUUCAAAACCGGAGCCCAAGUGUUUAUAUAAAAAAGAGAACAAUUAUCCUACAAGCUGUCCGGACUGCCUGGCAAGCCCACUUGGCACCAAAGUCACCAUCGGUGAACAGGGAUUCAUAUCACUCUUCUUCGUGGCAGCCUCUGUCAAUGGUGAAGUGGCACAGAGGUAUCCCAGGAGGUCAAUAUCAGUGAUGAGGCCAUUUGCUACUGAAGACGGCUUUAAGCAGAUCAACAAGGGACUAACAGUGCUCCCGAGUCUGCAGGACACAUACAAGAUUGACUACAUCUACAGCUUCUCCACCAAGGACUACGUCUACUUUCUGUCCCUGCAGAGAGAAAACCCAUUGAGGAGCAACUCAGCUUUCCAGACUCGUCUUGGACGCUUGCCGAUUGCAAACCCUGAGGAGUGGAUGUACAAGGAGGUGGUCCUGGAGUGCAAGUAUGACCGAAAAGGCAGGAGGAGGAGAAGAAGAGAGGCGCCCAGGAACAUAGUGUACAAUGGGCUGCAGGCAGCAUAUUUUGGGCCAGCAGCGAAAACGUUGAUAAAGGAGCUGGGGUUGAAGGAACCGGAGAAUAUUCUGUACGGAGUGUUUGCAGAGGUGAACGAGAGCGGACAACCUCAGAAGAACUCAGCAUUCUGCGCCUUCCCUUUGUCUUUAGUGAACAAAGCCAUUACUAAAGGUGUGGAUGCCUGCUGCACAUCAGGCACAGAGCAGCUGUCCAGAGGUCUCUGUCACUUCCAGCCAUGCGAGAGCUGCCCACAUGAAAGCUCCGAGGGUAAUGAAACGUGCACUAACAAACCCACUCUGGUGUCAAAGUCGUACUACAGACUGGAUAUCUUCAACAGCCAGAUGAGAGACGUCCUUUUCACUGCUGUCCUGGUCACCACUUUUGAGGAUCAGACUAUUGGCCACUUUGGUACCUCAGCUGGACGGAUACUGCAGGUGAUUCUUAGUGUGAACGCACCAAAUGUUUUCGCCAACUAUUCUCUUGAAGGAUCGGAAGUGUCCAGAAACGCAGCUGUAUACUCUGAAGAGUCACUUCUCUUUGUAGUUGGAAAUAAGAUGUUCAAGGUGCCCACUACAGGUCCAGGGUGUACACAUUUUACGACAUGCUCCAAAUGUUUGGAGGCCCCACUCUUCAUGAACUGCGGCUGGUGUUCGGGAAUCUGCUCGAGGCAGCACGAGUGUGCCUCUCAGUGGAACAAAAACUCUUGUCCGCCUGUCAUAACAGAGUUUUACCCCAUGGUGGCUCCUGCCGGCGGAGAGACGGAGGUAACACUGUGUGGCUGGCAGUUUCGCUCCCCUCUGCCUCCCGGCAACAUAAGCAGGGAAACUCAUGUCAUCACAUUGGGCUCAGGGACCUCUUGUGCUGUUGACCCUGAUAAGAGCAAUAGUGAAAAGCUGGUAUGCAAGAUCCAGGAGCACAGUCCGAACGAGAACCUCACCAUCACUCUGAAUGUGCACGAGGGGGGAGGGAAGGGCCAAUACUCCAUCGAAGGCAUGGCUCAGAUUUCUGGCUUAUCUCUUGUGGAGCCCAGCAUAACAGAAAUUAGGCCUGACUAUGGCCCUGUGUUUGGAGGAACAACCGUUACACUGACAGGCCGAUAUCUAAACUCUGGGAUACAGAGAGAUGUCUUCUUGGCUGACAAAAAGUGCAACAUCCAAAGCGCUCCUGAGGGAAGUGGAACUCUGUCCUCAAUCGUCUGCAACACAGAAGCUGCGGCAGGUGUGGGGAACGUACCUGUUAAAGUCUUGAUCGACAAAUUUCAAGUUAAGACUGCCAAGAAAUUUUUUUAUAAGAACAACCCUAGCAUAACCUCUGUAGAGCCUCUCUGCAGUUUCCAAAGUGGCUCCAAGCUGGUGAUAGAAGGUCAGAAUCUUGACUCUGCACAUAAAACUGUGGUUCAGUACAUUUCGAGAUCGCCCCACCUGCAGUCACUUGAACAAGUCUGCAAUGGUACGAAGAAUGCAACCCAUAUGGAGUGCUGGGCCCCUGCUUUUCCUAAGGAAAUGCCAGAAGACAAGUCUUCUGGGGAGAUUCUUAUCCACAUGGAUGGAAAAAGACAGAUCUGGAAAAAACCUUUUGAAUACCACCCCGAUGUCAAAGUCAUUCCGUUUGAACAUGAUGACAAUUUAUUACCUUUAAAACCAGGAGAUACAGAAGUUUCACUGCAUCAUGAAAAACUGAGCACAGUCAGCACAUGCAUGAAGAUCGUAAUGACCAUUGCAGGUGUGAACUGCAACGCCAAGGUUCUUUCAAAUGAGCUCACCUGCAGGAUCAAUAAAGGCAUGGUUAUUCCCAGCGAGGGGUUACCUGUCAGGGUGUCUGUGAAUGGAGUCGUUCAUGAUGUGGGUACAGUAGUGAACGAUGACACCAACCAGGCGACUGUGAUCUCGGGCAUUGUGCUGGGCAUCCUGGCUGCUUUGGUAAUAGGUGCUGGCCUUGCAUUAGCAGUGAUGAUGCAUUUGAAGAAGAAAAAGAGAGCCAACAUAGAGAAUCGGUUAUCAACAAUGCUUUCACACAACCGCAUGGGCAGUGCCAAUAAUUCAUCCCCGACGGGCGACUAUAGACGAGUCGAUCUGUCCAGUCAAGCAUCAGGCUCAGGAGGAAUGGCUUUUCACGGGUUAAUGUACGCUGCCAGCUACGAUCAUCUGGCCAUCCCUCUAAUGCCCCGAGACAAUCUCUCCAUGAUCAGUCUGAGUUCUGACCUUCUCGAGGAGGUCAAAGACGUCCUCAUCCCUGCUGACAUGCUCCGGAUCGAAGAUAGUCAGAUUAUUGGCAAAGGCCACUUUGGAACAGUUUAUCAUGGGUACCUGAUAGACAGCAGCAAGAAAGAGACCCACUGUGCUGUGAAAUCGUUAAACAGGAUCACAGAUGUUGGGGAGGUGGACCAGUUCCUCAGAGAGGGCAUCAUCAUGAAAGGUUUCCACCAUCCAAACAUACUGUCUCUGCUCGGCAUCAUGCUGCCCAAAGAAGGGCUCCCUCUGGUGGUGCUGCCGUACAUGAAGCACGGGGACGUUCGUCAUUUCAUCCGCUCUGAGAAAAGGAACCCAACAGUGAAAGACCUGAUUGGCUUUGGGCUUCAGGUUGCAAAGGGUAUGGAGUAUUUAGCAAAGAAAAAAUUUGUCCACAGAGACCUGGCUGCUCGUAACUGCAUGCUGGACGAAACCUUUACAGUGAAGGUGGCUGACUUUGGCAUGGCUAGGGACAUCUAUGACAAAGAGUACUACAGCAUUCAGGAUCACAAACAUGUGAAGCUGCCUGUGAAGUGGAUGGCCAUCGAAAGCCUGCAGACACAAAAGUUUACUACCAAGUCUGAUGUAUGGUCAUAUGGCAUCUUAAUGUGGGAGCUGCUGACAAGAGGUGCUAGCCCGUAUCCAAAUGUGGACCCCUAUGACAUCACACACUACUUACUGAAGGGGCGUCGUCUUCCUCAGCCACAGUUUUGUCCUGAUAGUCUCUUUUCUAUCAUGCUGACAUGUUGGGACCCGGAGCCUGAAUGCAGACCCAGCUUCAGAAGCCUGGUUUCAGUAGUACAACACAUCCUUUCCUGUCUCGAGGGAGAGCACUACAUCAGUCUGAAGGUGAACUAUGUCAACUUAGACCAGCCGAGACCUUACCCUUCCAUGACUGGAUCUGCAGAUGAGGCUGAGGCCUCGGACUCUGAGGAGGAGGAGGAGGAGGAGGAGGAGGAGGAGGAGGAGGAGGAGGAGGAGGAGGACUGUCAUGCUGCCAGCUGAGGGUGUCAAAACCCGAGGACUCUCUGGCAGGAAAAUUGGAAUCGGGAUUUAAUUUGAAGAGCACACAAAAAGACCCCACUUUGGCCUGGAUCUAUUUUUAACAUCAUAAAGAUUUUGAAUAAUGCCUGGAAGCCUAUGGAAGGUUUAGCUGCUGAUUUAAAAGACACUGCAGAAAGUUUCAAAUCUUAUUUGAGCAGAUGACUGUCCCCAGAACUGUUCUGGCUCUCCAUUAGUUCCAGAGCUCAUGCUGAAAGGCUGCAGGGAACUAUCCCAGCUAUCAGAGGAAAAAAUAAAGAGAAAAACAAGCAUUCACAGACAAACAUUCACACCUAUGUUAGUAGUCAUGGAGUUAUCAAUUAACCUCAACUUCAUUUCUUUGAACUCUGAAAGGAAGCUGAACUAACUGGAAACAACCCAUCCAGGUACGAGGAGAACAUGAAGGUGUCAGCCAGCGGUAGGUUUGAACUCAGAACCUUUUUUCUCAGAGUUCAAAAUACAGACAGCAUGUUGAAAAUUGUUGUUUAUUUGUUCAAACAACUAAAGCACAAGUGUGAAAGAAAUGAAAUGAAUGUAAAAUGCGCUUUUGUUCUCAUAUUUAUAGACUAGGAUAUUGGGUUAUAUGAGACUAUCUCGUCAUCAUAUAAGACUGUUAGAAAAGGGGGCUUUAAAUGCUGAUAUGUGGUUGUGAACAUGUGUAAUAAUUGAACUAGUCUCAGAAGUACUCGGUCUACUCCGAUUUCGAACCACAGAUACUGAAAAGCUCUGCAGCCACUGAAUUAUACAUCGAGCUGUCAGUUGGCUCAGACGUCAGCUGAGGCUUACAAACAAAUGUAGUACAUCUCGUCACCACUAGAGGGCAACAAAUGCCUCCUGCUGAAGCAUGAGCUGCUUCUGCUGCAGUGAUGCUCUGCACUACAGCAGACAGCUCAGCACAAAGGUGUUACGCAAACAACACACCUAUAAUCAUCUUCACCUCAGUGCAACUACGUCAGCAUAUCAUUCUGUCCAUGUCGCACAGUUUCCAGAAUCUCUUUCAUUUUCUGCAUUUAAUUGAAAUGAUCUCCACAAUAAAUCAGCCAAUCCAAGAUCUCAUAAUUCAUGCACUGAUUUUUUUGUUUUAACUUAAACAGACAAUGCUUACAAAUAUAGUUUACUGACUAUCAAGCUUUCCACUGGGAUUCAUAGAUUUGAUGGUUUUCUCUCCUUCCAUACAAGACAAUCAUGAGUGUUUUUUUUCUUUGUUCUAUAUUGCACUGAAAAGAGUUUUGUACAGGCAAAGAAAUGAUUGUCAAUACUUGCCUCUAAGAGUGUUAAGAACAUUAAAAGUCUUCCUGCACUUGUUUUUCCUUGAAUGUGAAUUAAAUUCUAUCUUCUUUACA